GCGCCUAGGUCUGGGCAUGAGCCGCCACCGCAGCCGCUGCUCUUACUGCUCCUCACCUCUUUCGACUACAUCCUCCUCCUGCUGCAGUAGCCCGGGCGCCGUUACGGCCGCAGAGUCCCCGCGCCCGACUGACAGAUACAAACAAGAGGAUAAAGACAACAAUCCUUACUAUUCUGUUAAAAUGAAAUGUGAUUUUAACUGUAACCAUGUUAAUUCUGAGCCUACAUUUGCAAAGCCUGAAAUUAGCAAAAAACUGGAAUCUGGAACUCCUGAAUAUUUGGAAGAUUUUUGUAAAGACUGUAUUAAAGACGAUAAAAAUCUAUCCUCCACUGGACCUCAGAAUGUUAGUCCCAGGAUUGUAGAACUGAAAACUGAAAACAGACCAGUGCACAACAAGGAAAAUCAAGCACUGCAGAGGCUUGAUGCUUCAAGUGAAUCUGAAGAACUGGAGAGCAGUAGACUUUAUGAGGACAGUGGCUACUCUUCAUUCUCUCAUCAAAGCAGUCCUGGUGAACAGGAAUAUAACAGCCUUCUAUCGUCUGGGAAUUUCAUUGUCAGCCCCAAACCCUGCCAUCUACAGAACGAAAGCACAGAACAGUUUCCAAAUAAAAACUUGUUGCCAAUCCUUCAUUUUGAGGAAGUGGUUUGUUCAACUUUAAAAAAGAAUGCCAAAAGAAAUCCUAAAGUAGAUUGGGAAACAGUAGAAAGAGUAGUUGCCAAUGGAGAUUUUGGACUACAUAAUGUAAUCGGUAGAAAAAUGGGCUUAGACAGACUGGAUAUUCUCAGUGAACUCUUCCAGAGGGGACUUAAACAUAUCUUGGCAAAUAUUCUAAAAUGCCUCAGUGAGAUGGACUUGAUCAAUGUGGCCAGAGUGAGUGCGACAUGGAAGAAGAUUCUGAAAGACAAUAAAGGAGCUUUCCACUUAUAUAGUGCAGCAAUGAAAAAAGCUACAGAAAAUACUACCAAAUUUUCAGCUUAUGCUGCAACUAGAGAAUAUGUUCUAGUCAGGGCAGCAUUAGCUUCUGUUCAGAAAUCAACAGCCCAGGUUCCUAUGCAUGCAAAAAAGGCUCAGCCCAGAUUAUCUGAUCAAGGAGUUUCUACGUACAGCCGACACACUGAGUUUUCUGAGGUUGCCAAGACCUUGAAAAAGAAUGAAAGCCUAAGAGCCUGUAUCCAUUGCAACUCACCUGCAAAAUAUGAUCCCUACUUGCAGAGGGCGACGUGCAACCGAGAAAGCUGUGGCUUUGAUUUUUGUACAAAAUGUUUUUGCAACUAUCAUAUCACCAAAGACUGUUCAAAUGAAAAGCCCCUAAAAGCAAACUCUACAGUGGGACCUCUUCCUGGUAGUAAGAAGAGCAAAAAGAAUUUGCGGAGGUUAUGAUUUUUUGUUAUAUCAGUUGCAACUAGCAGACUGUAAAAGUUGUAUUGGAAAUGUUGCAUUAGGUCACCAUAAUGUGGUUCUGCCCAGAAGUCUUUAUUUUAAAUUUAAAAAAAAAAUGUUAUUUUUUCAAUUUGUGUGAAAAUCAAUUUAAAAAAAACUUCAGUGAAUUUUUGGAACUUGGUAGCUUUGGCAUUUUUUUUUUAAUUCUACUGCAUUUAUUACCAAAUGAGAAUUCCAAUACAAACAUUCUGGAUUACAUUUUUAAAAGGCAGAGGAAAUGGCCAGUUAAGAUUGGAAUAGGUUACAGUCAAAAAGAGCUUUAUCUAGAAUAUCUUCAUAAGUGUACUUUGGAGAUUCAUAUCAAAAGAAUGCAGUUUAGCUAAACUCUUUAAACAUGCUAUUCAUUUUCUCCAGUUAUUUUAAUAUAAUUCCUAAGUUUAAAAAUGUAUUUUAUAUCCUCAUGCCCCCUCUAUUUUUUGAGGCACUUUUAUUUGGCUUCCAAGUAAAAGUAACUACAAUUGCAGUAUCAGGAAUCUGUCUAUAUGAUUGUUUUUGUCCUUUUUCAAUGUCUGUGAGUCUGAAAUUCCCUACAAGUUAUUUCCAAAUGAAGAGGAGGAAUGUCUGUUACUGUGAUGUCUUAUUUUCUUCUCUAAAAUCUGUUUUUAAAACUUUUGUACAUUUGUUAUAUAUUUUUUCC